AUGGCGGCGGAUUAUAUCUGGUCCUGGCGUGAUUAUGUCUUCUAUGGGAUGUGCUCAUGUGGUAAUUCGGCGACUGAUUUUGAUUCCGCCAACCAUCAAGAAACAGCGAAGUCUGGCUUAGGCGGUUGGACGCUGGUCUUAGUGCUCUCGAAGCCGGAGACUCGUCGGUUAUCCGUGAAAUUCGCUAUGCAUAUUUCGGGCUCCAAAGAGAACAUUGACAUUUCAACAUUUGGAAGUGCAAUCAACAAUUAUUACUAUAUUUCAUGA